AUGGCAAUCUCAGAAAUAACACCACAAAUUUUUAUAUCAGGUCAAAUAGCAGCUACUCUUGAGCAAGUACAAAGAUUGGGUAUCACAUAUAUUGUGAAUGUUGCACUUGAAUCAUCUGCAAUUGUUUAUCCAAAAAGUGUUAAAUUAGAAAAAUAUGAUAUACUUGAUUUUCCAAAUGCACCCAUAAGUAAUUAUUUUAAUACAAUAACCGAUAAAAUUCAUGAUCAUCUUACUGCUAACAAACAACAUAAAGUACUUGUACAUUGUAUGGCAGGAAUAAGUCGAAGUACAACAAUUGUUCUUGCUUAUUUAAUACGUUAUAUGAAUUUAUCAUUACGAGAAGCAUAUUUAUUAUGUAAAAAACAUCGUCCAAUUUGUUUUCCUAAUUUAGGAUUUUGGAAUCAACUUAUUGCAUAUGAAAGUCAAUUAAGACGAGAAAAUAGUGUUAAAAUGAUACCAACACAAUACGGUAAUGUACCUGAUGUAGCAUUUGAAGAAAUCAAACAAUACACUACUCAACAACAACAACAGCAACCUGGAUCGAUACCUAUACCUACUUCAUCUUAUGCGUCAACAAUAAGUAAUCCAGCAAGUGGUAUUACUAUAUCUAAUGAUACAGCAUCCAGUCAAACUCGAUCAGUUAGUCGCGAUGUAUACGCAAAUCAUUCAUCUGGUCUCACACGAUCUCGAUCUUUAGCAGGACCACCAAAUAGUCGACCAUCGGUUGCUGCUGCUUCAACAUAUAUUAGUAAUCCAGCUUAUCAAACACCAAUGUUUACAACGAAUAGACAAACAUUUCUUGCUCCAACUCGAUUUGGUGUAAGUCGUUUACUAAAUAAUAACGCACCGGCUCAUCAUAAUUCUUUCUCAUCCGGAUCAACUAUUUAUGCUAGUAAUCGACAUGUACCAAUAGGUGUUCCAGCAAAUGUUAAACAUCGUUUUACUCCUCAUCAUCCACAUCAUCAUACACAUUAUCAUCAUUAUCAUACACCAAGUGUUGCUACGAAUUCCGUACCAGAAACAUUAAAUAAUGAUCAACAACGUUCACGUUAUGAUACAACAUAUCGUUCAAGUUUUAUUAAGCCAUUAGCACCCUAA